CUUUCACCUGAAGAAGGUUAUGUUUCUGCUAAGGAGGAUUCCUUUCUGUACCCGCCACAUUCCUGCGAGGAGCAAGGGCUGGCUGACAAAGCCCUCUUCAGGGCUGACUUGGCUCUGGUGGACACACAUGGUGCUGAAUUGGUAGAUGAAUCCACAUUUCAGUCUCAGUACUCUCCUGAUAAUGACAGUGUCUACUCUACCCAAGCCUCUGUUUUAUCUCUUCAUGGCAGUGCUUGCAGUGAUGGUCUGAACUAUGGCUCCUCUCUGCCAUCAUCUCCUCCCAAGGAUAUAACUGAAAAUUCUUCUGAUCCAGUAAUUGAUCUGCAUAUGUCUUUGGAAGAACUAUAUGCCCAGAAUCUCCUCCAAAGACAGGAUGAGAAUUCAUCUUCAGUAGACUUGAGCUUGGGGCCUCCUUCUGGUUUUAACACAAGUGAUUAUACACCUGCAAAUUCUACUGAACAACAAUAUGAAUGUGAAAACACAAUAUCUUGGACUGAAUCUCAUUUACCAAGUGAAGUUUUAUCAAGAACAGAACUUACUUCUCCUGUGCUGUCUGAUUCAACUGGAAAGGGCUCUGAGUACUUAAUUGAACAGAGCUCCCUGGCCUCCAAUGUGGAAUGUAUCAUGCUACAAAAUUCAUCCAAAGAAUCUUUUGAAAGGACUAUUACUAUAGCAAAAGGCAAUUCUAGUCUUGGGAUGACAGUAAGUGCUAAUAAAGAUGGCUUGGGGAUGAUUGUACGAAGCAUUAUUCACGGAGGUGCCAUUAGUCGAGAUGGCCGGAUUGCCGUUGGGGACUGCAUUUUAUCCAUUAAUGAAGAAUCUACCAUCAGUUUAACCAAUGCCCAGGCACGAGCCAUGUUGAGAAGACAUUCUCUCAUUGGGCCUGACAUAAAAAUUACUUAUGUGCCUGCAGAACAUUUGGAGGAGUUCAGAAUAAGUUUGGGACAACAAUCUGGAGGAAUAAUGGCACUGGAUAUUUUUUCUUCAUACACUGGCAGAGACAUUCCAGAACUACCAGAGCGAGAAGAAGGAGAGGGAGAGGAGAGUGAACUUCAGAAUGCAGCAUAUAGCAAUUGGAAUCAGCCCAGGCGGGUUGAACUUUGGAGAGAACCAAGCAAAUCCUUGGGUAUCAGCAUUGUUGGUGGACGGGGAAUGGGAAGUCGCCUCAGCAAUGGUGAAGUGAUGAGGGGCAUCUUCAUCAAGCAUGUUCUUGAAGAUAGUCCAGCUGGCAAAAAUGGAACCUUGAAAUCUGGAGACAGAAUAGUGGAGGUGGAUGGAAUGGACCUCAGAGAUGCAAGCCAUGAACAAGCUGUGGAAGCCAUUCGGAAAGCAGGCAACCCCGUAGUCUUUAUGGUACAGAGCAUUAUAAACAGACCAAGGAAAUCCCUUUUGCCUUCCUUGCCGCACAACCUUUACCCUAAGUACAACUUCAGCAGCACUAACCCAUUUGCUGACUCUCUCCAGUUCAACGCUGACAAGGCACCCAGUCAGUCAGAGUCAGAGCCAGAGAAGGCUCCAUUGUGUGAGGCUCCUCCACCCUCUCCUUCAGCAUUUGCAGAAAUGGGCAGUGAUUAUGCACAGUCAUCUGAAACCAAAAUCUCAGAAGAUGUGGACAAAGAGGAUGAGUUUGGUUACAGCUGGAAAAAUAUUAGAGAGCGUUAUGGAACCCUAACAGGAGAGCUGCAUAUGAUUCAGCUGGAGAAAGGUCGUAGUGGUUUGGGUCUAAGUCUUGCUGGGAACAAAGACCGAACCAGAAUGAGUGUCUUUAUAGUGGGAAUUGAUCCAAAUGGAGCAGCAGGGAAAGAUGGUCGACUACAGAUUGCAGAUGAACUUCUAGAGAUCAAUGGUCAAAUUUUAUAUGGAAGAAGUCAUCAAAAUGCCUCAUCAAUAAUUAAAUGUGCCCCUUCUAAAGUAAAAAUAAUUUUUAUCAGAAAUAAAGAGGCAGUGAGUCAGAUGGCUGUAUGUCCUGGAAGUACAGUAGAAUCUUUGCCUUCUACCUCAGAGAAUCUUCAAAAUAAGGAGGUGGAACCAAAUGUUGCUAUUUCUGAUACAGUUGUGGACUUCAGUUCAUUUAAAAAUGUGCACCAUCUGGAGCUUCCCAAGGAUCAAGGUGGACUGGGCAUUGCCAUCAGUGAAGAAGAUACGCUCAGUGGAGUCAUUGUGAAGAGUUUAACAGAGCAGGGAGUAGCAGCCAAGGAUGGACGACUCAAAGUUGGAGAUCAGAUCUUGGCUGUAGAUGAUGAAGUUGUUAUUGGCUAUCCAGUUGAAAAGUUUAUUGGCCUUCUGAAGACAGCAAAAACAACAGUAAAACUGACCAUUCAUGCUGAAAAUCCAGAUUUCCAGUCUGUUUCUCCAUCAGCCAGUGCAGCCAAUGGAGAAAAAAAGAACAGUUCUCAGUCUCCUGUCACCCCACAGACUGGCUCCCCUGAACUGGAACCUGAGUCCAUUCGAAGUACAAGCAGAUCAUCAACACCAGCAAUCUUUGCUUCUGAUCCUGCAACCUGCCCUAUUAUCCCUGGUUGUGAAACAACAAUUGAGAUUUCCAAAGGGCGAACAGGGCUGGGUCUGAGCAUCGUUGGGGGUUCUGACACAUUGCUGGGUGCCAUUAUUAUCCAUGAAGUUUAUGAAGAAGGAGCAGCAUGUAAAGAUGGAAGACUCUGGGCUGGAGAUCAGAUUUUAGAGGUGAAUGGCAUUGACUUGAGAAAGGCCACACAUGAUGAAGCAAUCAACGUCCUGAGACAGACGCCGCAACGAGUGCGCCUGACACUCUACAGAGAUGAGACCCCCUACAAAGAGGAGGACGUGUGUGAUGCCCUCACCAUUGAGCUUCAGAAGAAGCCGGGGAAAGGCCUGGGAUUAAGUAUUGUUGGUAAAAGAAACGAUACUGGAGUAUUUGUGUCAGAUAUUGUCAAAGGAGGCAUCGCGGAUGCUGAUGGAAGACUGAUGCAGGGUGACCAGAUAUUAAUGGUGAAUGGAGAAGAUGUUCGCAAUGCCACCCAGGAAGCUGUAGCUGCAUUGCUAAAGUGUUCCCUAGGCACAGUAACCCUGGAAGUUGGAAGAAUCAAAGCUGGUCCAUUCCAUUCAGAGAGGAGGCCUUCUCAGAGCAGCCAGGUGAGUGAAGGCAGUUUGUCAUCAUUUACUCUUCCCCUUUCUGGAAUAAGUACAUCUGAGUCACUGGAAAGCAGCUCAAAGAAGAAUGCAUUAGCAUCUGAAAUACAGGGAUUAAGAACAGUUGAAAUAAAAAAGGGGCCUACUGACUCAUUGGGAAUCAGCAUAGCUGGAGGAGUGGGCAGCCCACUUGGUGAUGUUCCUAUAUUUAUUGCAAUGAUGCACCCAAAUGGAGUUGCAGCUCAGACGCAGAAACUCAGGGUUGGUGAUAGGAUUGUCACCAUCUGUGGCACAUCAACUGAGGGGAUGACUCACACUCAAGCAGUUAACUUACUGAAAAAUGCCCCUGGCUCCAUUGAAAUGCAGGUGGUUGCUGGGGGAGAUGUAAGUGUGGUCACAGGUCAUCAGCCGGAGCCUGCAAAUUCUAGUCUGUCUUUCACUGGACUAACAUCAAGCAGCAUAUUUCAGGAUGAUUUAGGACCUCCUCAGUGUAAGUCUAUUACACUAGACCGAGGACCAGAUGGCUUAGGCUUCAGUAUAGUAGGAGGAUAUGGCAGCCCUCAUGGAGACUUACCCAUUUAUGUGAAAACAGUGUUUGCUAAGGGAGCAGCCUCAGAAGAUGGGCGUCUUAAAAGGGGUGAUCAAAUCAUUGCUGUCAAUGGGCAGAGCCUAGAAGGGGUAACUCAUGAAGAAGCAGUGGCCAUCCUCAAGCAGACAAAAGGCACUGUCACUUUGAUGGUUCUCUCCUGAACUGGCUGCCUGAACUGAACCAAUCCAAUCUCUUGCUUACCUCCCACUAUAAGAAUGGAAGUAGUCUGUGGAUAAUUGAUCUUGUGGAUGACUUUUCCUAUAUUGUAUUCAUGGGUUAUUCAAAACUGUAGGGAAAAAUAACAUUUAAGUUUGUUUUUGUAGUGUGGUUUUUUGCUGACAUCUAAACAUCAUUUUUUCUUUCCCCUUGUAUCUUGUGAACCUAAACUCAAAGAGGAAUAAUAUUUGUGUAUGGAAAUCCAGUUUUUCUUUUAAAGUUAUUUAAAAUGUUGUAGUCACAUGGAUAAAAAUUAUGUAUCAAUCUCAUUAAUAGAGAAUAAUAAUUCUAAAUCUAACCAAAAAAAGUGACUUCAGGAAAUUCACUUUUAGUUUGAAUAGUGAAAAUUUAUAGUAAACAAGGAAAAUCUUAGGAGAGUUUUUUAAAAAGGACUUAAUUGAGCAAUCUCUCUCUUUUCCCUACCCCAAACUAAGAAAAAAAUAAUCUAAUACUCUUAGUAUUUAAAAGUUCUGAACAUUAUAAAAUACCGUUAUCUCCUCACCUCUAAUGUAAACAUAUAUUUUUGCUGCUUAAAUUGUGUUCUGUGAUUGAGUAAAUAGCAAAUAUAUGGAGCAGUAUUCCUAAGUUUUAUAAAGGAAUCAUAUUUAAAGCACAUCUUGAUGUUCAUUUUCAUUUUUUGACCUGUUAUAAAAUAUUCUCAUGUUGCUGUAAGUAAAGCAAUGAUGUUACCCCACAUUGACUGUUUUUUCUAGAGAACAACCAGGCUAAUCAUGGAAGAAUGUAAAAGGGUCCCAGAAUCUUUUAGUGCUGUUUUCAACAACUGAUGCAAUACUGAAAAUGUGUUUAUGCGCUGUGCAGUUGUUUUUCAAUUAGUAUUACUCUUAAUGACAGAGAAAAAAGCAAUGUGUUAGUAAUUAUUUUGGUUGUAUGCCCUUAGUAAAUUGAUAGAAAAAUUAAGGGGAUUAACAUAACUUCAUUUCAUUGCCUUAUAUUAACAUCUUAUAAUACAAUAGUUUUAGACUAAGGGAAACAGAUGGAGCUGUUUAUUGAGACAACUGGCAAGGAAUUAUCAUGUGUUCAUUCCCAUUUUAGAGCGUGAAACUCCUACAUUAGAGUAUAUAAAGUCACUUUAAAUAUUAUAUUUGUAACAGAAGUAGUGUACAGAUAUUUUAUUACAGCAUUCUUGUGUAAACGCAUAAUUAAAGUGAAUAAAUAAGAAGAAGUUUCAGUGGUGCACAAAUUAAAAAGCCAGAAUUUCUGUUUGCUUGCUGUCUGUACUGAGGGAAAGGUUUAUUAUUUAAGACUUACUAUUUAAAAAUUGAUUUCUGUCAUGUCUAAUAGCAUGUAUCAUAUCCACGGAUGCAAUUAGAAGAAAUAUGGACAAUGUCAUUAUGGAAAACUCAGUAUUUUUUACCUCCACAAUAUUUUUGAGCACUAAAGAUUCAUAGACUCCUAGGAAGGGAAGUCCCUGUGUGUUUUUCUAGGGUACUAUUAAUGCAAUAAUAUUGGAAGUUAUUCUUAGAUUAAUAAAUAGCUAAAGUGUAUUCAGAGAGAAAAAUCAUAAUGAAAAUUAUUUAUUUUAAUAAAUAUGAAAAGUCUGAUUUACACACUGAUCAAAGAAUUGAGAACUCUUUACUAGUUCUGUCCCCAAAUUAGCCAGUAAGAAUAUACAUUCCCUCAGAUUUAUCUCAUCUGUAAAAUGAUAAUUGUUUCAUCAGAAAAUUUCUAUUUAAUUCUAAAAUGCAAGAAAAUAUUUUUAUAAGAAUUCUGUGCUUCUAGUCCAUACAAAAAUAAAUGGAAAAAACUACACACCUAGUGCAACAAUUUGAGAGAUGUAUUCCUCAACCAAUCAUUGUAAAUUGAGGUGCUUAAUGUAAAAAAAUCAGUUUACUAUUUCAGUGAUAUAUCCAUUUUCUUAGCCACCACUUAGGGCCCUCCUUUAUGAAGCUAUGCCAGGAUUCUUUGGUUGUAGGCCACUGAAAGCUAAACUGACCACUUUUAGAAGUUUAAACUAGCAAAAAUGUUUAUAGAGGACUCUGCAUACUAAUACUGUGUGAGGGAAAGUAAGCCAGUUGAAUUGAAGUUUGAGUAAAUAUGUGAAAGAGUCUCCAAAAAAGAACCCAAUGGACAUCUGUCCUAGCUUAAACAGUAUUCUCCCAAAAUUCAUGUCUACCUGGAAUCCUAGAAUGUGACCAUUGGUCAUAGGUUCUUUGCAGAAGUAAUUAUUUAUGAUCAUUGUGGGAUAGAGUGUGUCCUAUCCUUUGACUUGUAGCUUUAUAAGACUGUAUGAAGACAGAGACAAAGACAAAUGAGUAAUUGUUAAUAUCAUUGAGAAGUAAGAUUUUCAUCAUACAAGAAAGGAAGUACACAGAAUGUAAGGUCAAUAAAACAAUUUAUAGUCCUGAAUUAAAAAACAAAACAAACAAUGAUGGAAAAGAAAUAUGCCAAGGAACACCUGGGGCCACCAAAAGCUGGAGAAAUAAGGAUUCUUUCCCGGGGCCUGUUGACACCUUGAUUUCAGACUUCUGGCCUCCAGAACUAUGAGAUAAUAAACUCUGUUAUUUUAAGCCAC